GCACGCUAGCUGACCGCUGCAACAAAAAACGCCUGUCCUCUCAUCCCUGGCGCAACAAGCGACUGUCCCGCGGCCUCGUCGUGUCUCAGAGACGCCAGCCGACGAUCGCUGCAAGGUCAGCGCGGCGUAGAUAGCUCCCAGCCCAGCCAGGCGCCCAGCCCGGCGCCGCGCGCGCCGCCGCGCGAGCCAUGUUCUCCCUCCUCGAAGCGCUCAGGGAGACCUGCUUCCGCAAGCCGGAGGUAAAUAUAUGCGUGCUGGGAUUAGAUGGAGCGGGCAAGACGACGGUCCUCGAACGCGCGAAGGGCCUCUUCGGCAGCCGGCUCCCCGCAAUGCCGCCGGACAAGAUCCAGCCGACGGUCGGCAUGAACCUGGCCAAGUUGGAUGUGAGUGGGUGUCGCGUGACGUUCUGGGAUCUCGGGGGCGCGGCGCGCGUGCGCUCGCUCUGGCCGCGGUAUUAUGCCGACGCGCACGGCUGGGUCUACGUCGUCGACGCCGCGGACGCGGAUCGACUGCGGGAGGCGCGCGACGCCUUCGACCAGGCCUGCGACCACCCGGAUUUGAGAGAUGCGCCCUGUGUGGUACUGGCGAACAAGCAGGACUCGGGGUCGGCGUGCGGCGCGGACGAACUGGCGACACUCCUCGAGAUACGGCUCAAGAACGACGCGCGGCGGGUCGUCGACCUGCGGCCGGCGUCGGCGCUCGACGCGCCCGCGUCCGUGCGGGACGCAGUCGCGUGGCUCGUCGACGCGGCGCGGGAGCGCGUCGCGCCGGCGGCGGCGUAAGGUGUUGGUUUUAAUUGAAUGCAUCUUUUG